AUGGCUCCGUUGCCACCACUCAACCAACUUCUGGAGUACGGCGAAGAUUCAGCCUAUGCGUCGACGUUUGGUUCCGACGUCACUCCAGAACAUGAGCUCGAACUCUCAACAAAUAAGGUACUGCUGGCGCAGAGUCCUAUGGUAGAGAACUUCAGCACCACAAUGGACGCAAUGGAAACGGACAUGCAUGAAUUGGCGGAAUUAAGCCUCAGAGCCUAUCGAGUCAUGAAAGUGGCCAGUGUCCCUUUAACUGAUGAGCUGCAAGAAAUGACCCAAUCUACUCUCAAAGUUCUUGCCAGGAUCGUGACAGUGAACGGAGCCUCUGUUACUAGCAACCAAAGGUCCGACUCUCCGUCCAGCAUAUAUGACAGCCGACAAACUUCCAUUGGUCUCGUGCUACAGGCCAUCUCGGUUUGUGAGCAAAUUUACAACUCAUUCGUGCACGCCUGUUCAGCACUUCGCAGCGAGCUGGAAGCCCAAUCUGAGCCCGGAAUCGAUAGCAAUAGCAGCGAAAACGACGCCGGGACGUCCGAUGCACAGGCCGUCAUGACGGUAGAGCUUAUCAACUAUCUCUUCGAGAAGCUGAGCCGCAGCCAUAGACAACUCCUUUCUAUAGAGCUCACCACGAUCGAACCCUACACAUCCUCCUCCUCAAGUAUCAUUCAGGAUGAUCCAAGCCCGGAUGGAGCAUCUAUGACAAGUGGUGUCACUGUGUCACCCACACCAACGUGCGGUAGCCCGGCUACUCUGAUACCAGUUAUGAUACAAAGAGCUCAGGGAAAACACACGCAGCUCCAUGCCUGUAUUCAGAAUAUCAGAGACUUAACUCGGCAAAAGGACAAUAUAGAACAAUAG